AUGUCACGGCAGAAAGCACGUUCUGGAGCGUCUAAACCGUCUCGCAAUCCCUUAGCUGGAAUGUUAGGCUUUGGAAUGCCAGACGAUGACGACAACGACGAAGACUUAGAAUCCGAACUGGCGGCCCUCACGGGGGCACCGCUCAAAUCAAAGAAGAAAAACACAGAUGAAGGACCUACAGUCACAAUGGGACAAAUUGAAGCAAUGGCAGCAGAAGGCCUUAGAGACAUCGAUGGCGACGAACUGUCAGAUGAAGAUCUAGAUGAUGAUGACCUACUGUCAGAGCUUGCUGACAUAACCGGAAACGAGUCACCCUCAACUAUUGUCAGAAAACCUCCUUCUGUGUCCAAACAAGCCACCGCAGCAACAAAGAUGAUUGAAGAACGAAAGACAAUGUACGAGCGAGCAGUGGAGCAGGCGAAAGCGAAUGGCGAAAGCUCAAAGGAGCGACGAUAUAAGAGGAUGCUCAAGACUGUACAAGAUAUGUUGAGUGCGGCAAAGAAAGGACAGAGUGUCAAUCUAGAGGAGCUACCUCCACCAGUUGCAGUUUCGUCAUCUGAUGCUAAACCAUCUGUGGACAGUGUCUCUAGUCGAGAUUCGGGAACAGAUAUUCAAAUGGAAACAGAUAGUGUGCCUGUUGUUGCUCCAUUUCAGACAUCAGUUAUGCCUGAUAAACAACUGGUAAGGAAACCACUUGCCACAUCUGGUUUUGACCAGAAAGUAUCACUGGAAGACCGACGGGCACAGAAACUAAAGAACGACACUGGUCAGGGAGCAUUCAGUGCACAAGAAAAUAGUCUAUUGAAUAUGGUCAACAAACGGCAGCUUGAAUACAAGCAGGCUGCUUUAGCAGCUAAAUCAAAUGGUGAUAUGAAAACUGCAUUGAGUUACAUGAAAAUAGGGAAAUUGCUCAAUUCGAUGGCUGAAGCUGUGCGAAACAAAACGGCUGAUUUUGGUGUUGACAAGAUCCCACCGCCACCUCCCAGCUCUGUAUCCAAGCCAGAGAAACCAGUUCAACCUCCGGCAGCGGCACAGAAUGCUUCACAACAGGAAGAGGAGGAGGAAGAAGAUGUAGUUGAUGAGAGCAUCCCCGUACCCAAGACUGUACUUGAAGCAUUAGAGCAACGUUUGGCAAAGUACAAUGAUGCUGUUGCUGCUGCCAAAGAGGCAGGACAAGGCAGCAAAGCGAGACGAAUGGGACGGAUAACCAAGCAAUACCAGGAGGCAAUCAAAGCGUGCAAAGGCAACAAACCAUAUGAUUACGAAGAGCUGCCUGUCCCACCAGGAUAUCCAGCAAUUCCACAAGAUGGAGGAAAGCCAGUUGCCAAUGUGAGGAUGUCUCGACCUACAGAAGGAAAUGUCAGCAUGCAGUCUUUAACUCGAUCAGCAGCACCGGCAAUGGUAGAACAUCAGCCUCAACCUCAAAGACCAACAGCUGUUAAGGUCUUUCCUGCCCCUCCUAGUGCUAACGACGAACAGCUGCAAGUGCUUUUGACAAGACAGACUGAACUGAAGAAAGCUGCUCUUAAAGCUAGAGACAGUGAUCGUGACAAAGCUCUCUAUUAUCUACGAUCUGCUAAAAGCAUGGACCAAAUGAUUGAAGCAGCACAUCGUGGAAUGAAAGUGGACAUGAGUCAAGUACCAACCCUGGAUGAAACACCUGCAGCUGUUGAUUCGAUCAGUCCUUCAAGAAGUCGGUCACCUAAUGAUGAAGACGUAUUUGAGCGGUUGGAGAAAAAUCUUUCCUCACAACUAGAAAAGGCCAGACAAUUGAGCGAGCAUUGUAACCAGCUGGGGCACAUUCAGGAGGCAGCUCAGUUUAGGAAAUUAUUUCAAACUUGUCAACAUGACUUGGAUGCUGUAACUAAUGCAAAACUCCAUUGGUUGCCUGUACCAAAAUUUCAUUACGAAGAUCGUUCAUUCCCUCUCAUUCAAUGCUGUCCUGAGCUCAGUGAUGGUGAUGCUGAAGUUGUGAUCGUACGAGGCAUCAACCUACCUGAACCAGAGGAUUAUACAGCUAAAGACUUGGACACAUACGUUAUUGUAGAGUUUCCUUAUCCCACUGAAUCGCCUCCUAAAGCAACUGGCAGCACAGUGAAGGGCACAAACAAUCCCGACUACAACCAAGCAUUCAAAUUCAAAAUUGAUCGAAAGCAACGUUCAUUGGCUCGGACUUUCAAGAGACGUCUUGUGAAGGUAGAGAUUUGGUACAGUAGAGGGUUUCUGCAUCGAUCCAAGCAAUUGGGAGAAGUUUCGAUGAAACUCGAAGAUCUUGAGUCCCAGUGUGAAGUCCACGAGUGUGUCAGCGUCAUGAAUAAUCGUAAAUCUACUCGAGGCAAGUUGGAGAUAAAAGUAAGACUGAGAGAGCCAUUACUACGACAAGAAAUCAAACUUGUCAAAGAGAGGUGGGUGGUUGUCGACCACGCUCGACAGGCAUCAGAGCUGAUCAGCCUCGAUUCACUGCUAGUUCCAGCUGCUGCACCACGGGAGAGAAGUCCUUCACCAAGACGCUCAUCAGGCUCUCAACAGAAACCACCAGUCCAACAGCCAUCACUCGGGCCUCCAGUGGAUAGUCUAAUAAGCUACCAGGUACUCAAAGCUGAAGAGAAAUCAGCACAAGAUGCUAUCAACAAUCUGAAAUCUCAAGGUCGAACUCCGCCCAGUUCACUCGUAGAGCGUGCAGCACAGUGUAAACAGAAAUAUGUGAUUAUUCAACGGAAGCUGUCACAAGGAGGAAAGGCCUAUUUGACGGUCUAUAUCAGGCAGCUGGAAGCAAAGGUAGCCGACGAAGGCAAUUUGAUUACAAGCUUAAUGAAAUCUGGAAACAGGGACGAGGCAAGGAGCGCUCUCAGUCGACAAAGACGGAUGGAGUCGGAAAUCAAUAAUUUCAAGUCAAAGUUUAAUUUGUAGUGACUGUUGAGGGCUUGAUUACGCUACUCGUUGGUGUUUUGCUCACAGUUAGGACUCUCUGUCCAUACAUAUAUAUAUUUACAAUAACAGUAUGAGUAUGUAC